AUGAAUCUCAAAUGGGGAGGACGACAGUUCGGUCGGUCUCGCUUUGGCAAUUGUCCCGUGAAACUGAUUAAUGGAGCAUUCGUGUAUUCCGCAGAGGUGAUGACACCAGCAAUCCUGGCUUCGCAGACUCUAGAACAGCCAUUUCCUCGGCUUGUUUUGACUCGAUCCCUCUCUGGACUUCCGCCUGGUCUUGAUGCUGAAUUACAGCAGCUUUGGCAUUACUUUGUCACUACGGCAUCCGGGACAAUUUCCUGUCACAAACAGAUGCAGAACGAGACGUGCCGUGUUCUACUUCCUAUGGCAUUUGAAGAUCCUGCACUUCGACAUGCAAUCCUCGCGUUCUCGUCUGCUCAUAGGGCAAAUCAGAAAGACUCCGAGACAUCCUGGGAAAGCUUGAAAUUGCACGCAUCUGCCUCUGUCCUCUCAGACCCUUCAGUCUCUUUUCUGCGAAGACGGUACUCAUUAUUAGAGAUGGUUGCAAGCUUGACUCCCGAUGGGUUCUUAGCAGAAGACUCGAAUUAUGAGUCUCCUGAAACUUCCCAACAACCGUACCGGGUCUUCUUUGAUGAUUAUGCCGGUUGUUAUCCCGAAAUUUUCGAGGUAUUUCACCAAAUCCGCGCUAUUUCGUGGAAACGACAACAGAAAGAGCACGACUCUUAUGAAAUGAUCCCUCUUUACGACCCACAAUAUGAGCUUGAUGCAAUCAAUAUCGAGGGCCGGCUUUUGGCAAUGAUAAAACGAGAUGAGAGUUCUCGACCUUGCUUUUCCCCGAGUCUUCAGGAUACAUUGGACGAAAAACAAACUCUGGAGUUUGCGUAUUGCAAUUUGUUGCUCGAGUACACCGCACUGAUUCACAUCCGCACGCAGUUGAUGAGUCUUGAUUCUGAAGCUUUAGAAGUACAGCAGCCAGUAAAGAUGAUCAUCCAUCUUAUUCAACAACUUGAGCCUCCAUCGGGCCUUUCACCUGUCCUGGGGGUGAACACUGCUCUCUUUAUCGCCGGGCGCUAUGCCUUUGGAGCAGAUCGUCUUACUGUUCAAUCAUUACUUAUACGCUUUCAUCAAAAAAUGUUCAACUAUAAUAUGGUCAAUGCGAUGGAUAUUUUGGAUUUGAUCUGGCGGCAGGUGGAUUCGGGCCAGAAGAACAUCGGGUUGCAAGGACAUGACUUUAUGGCCUGGUGA